UUCUCAAGUAUUCAAAAACAUGGCCGAUCCUGACAGGUUGCCGAUCCGAUACACCCAGCAGGAAUUCCAACCCCAACCCCAACCACACACUCCACCACAAACCCAUCAACCCAUCAAACGCCGCCACACUGCCCGCUACUACGCGCAUCGGGUUCGUGAAAGCUUCACCGCUAGAGUCACCAAAAUACUAUGUGCCAUAUUUUUGUCUCUUCUUUUAGUUGUUGGCAUUGUUUUCUUCAUUUUAUGGCUUAGUUUACGCCCUCAUCGUCCAAGGUUUCACAUCGUAGAAUUUACGGUUCCUGGUUUGGCUCAACCCUCAGGGUUUGAGAAUGCUCAAAUAACGUUCAAUGUAACAGCCAGGAAUUCCAACCAACAAAUUGGAAUUUAUUACGACUCUAUGGUCGGGUCAGUUUUUUAUAAAGAUCAACAAAUCGGGUCAACUCCGCUGCUGGACCCUUUUUACCAGGAACCAAAGACAACAACAAUUGUGUACGGUACAUUCGGUGCAGCCACGCUUACGGCAAACAACAACCGUUGGGAGGAGUUUAUGAAUGAUAGGCAACAAGGAACGGUGGUUUUUCGUUUAGAUAUAACUUCAGUAAUCAGAUUUAAGGUUUCUAUAUGGGACAGUAAGCACCAUAAGAUGCAUGUCAAUUGUGAUGUCGCAGUCGGUUCUGAUGGAUCGAUCUUGCCAGCUUGGAAGAACAAGAAAUGUCCUGUCUAUUUCAGUUGAUUCUUGCAUUUAUUUAUGUCUUUUUCGUUUUGUUUUGGUUUUUCUUUGUUGUAUCAUUUCUUAUUUGAUUUUAUUUGUAAUGCCAUAUGUCUAAAGGAAUUAUGAUUUGAUGGCACCUUUUUAGACCUUUCAAGCUUUGAAUGUUACAAAAGUAAAACUUGUAGCUUAAGUUCUCCAUAUAUACCUAAAGAGAAAAUCAAAACA